AUGGCCAACUCUGCAUCUUCCCCGACCAACAGCCCGACCCCUGCCUCUGCUCCAGCCGUAGCCACGUCAACGGCCUCCUCCUCAGCAGCUUUGUCAGCCACGGAGGCUGCGCAGCCGUUCCAUACGGCGUCGUUGUACGUAGGGGACAUUCAUCCAGACGUGACGGAGGCUCUGCUGUUUGAGAUCUUUAACGCCGUCGGACCUGUGGCCAGCAUUCGUGUCUGCCGUGAUGCCGUGACACGUCGUUCAUUGGGCUACGCCUACGUGAACUUCCACAAUGUGGCAGACGCUGAACGUGCAUUGGACACGAUGAACUUUACAAGUAUCAAGAGUGUCCCAUGUCGCAUCAUGUGGUCCCAACGUGACCCAUCGCUACGCAAAUCGGGUGUCGGCAACAUCUUUGUCAAGAGUUUGGACACGUCCAUUGACAACAAGGCGUUGUAUGACACGUUCUCGUUGUUUGGCAACAUUCUUAGCUGCAAAGUGGCAAUUGACCCCACCACGGGCAACAGUAAAGGCUAUGGCUAUGUGCACUAUGAGACGGCAGAGGCUGCUACGGAGGCUAUUGCAAAGAUCAAUGGUAUGCUUAUUGCAGGCACGGAGGUCUAUGUAGGCCACUUUCAGAAACGCCAGGACCGACCGGACGCUGAUGACUGGACCAAUUGCUAUGUCAAGAACAUUCCUACUCAUUGGACGGAUGCUGACUUAAUGAAAGAGUUUGAGCCUUUUGGAAAUGUACUCAGUGCUGUUGUGAUGAAGGACAACACGAAUCCAAGCCAAAACCGUGGGUUUGGUUUUGUAAACUAUGAGGACUCAGAUGCCUCCCACAAGGCUGUGGACGCUCUGAACGGCAAGGCUUACCCUACUGGAGAAGGCAUGGAGACUGAGAUUUAUGUUGGCAAAGCCCAGAAGCGCUCGGAACGGGAACGUGAGCUGCGCAACAAGUUUGAGCAGCUGAAGAUUGAGCGUAUAAACAAAUACCAGGGCGUUAACCUGUACGUAAAGAACCUGGAUGACCAGCUGAGUGACGACGAGCUGCGUGAGGCGUUCGCUGAAUGCGGCACUAUAACGUCGUCGCGCGUGAUGCGCGAUCCUAAUGGAAAUUCGCGCGGCUUUGGGUUUGUGUGUUUUUCGACCGCGGAGGAGGCGAACAAAGCCGUUGCGGAGAUGAAUGGCAAGCUGAUUUCUGGUAAGCCCGUGUACGUGGCUCUUGCUCAACGCAAGGAGGUGCGUCGUGCUCAGCUUGAGGCCCAGCACGCCCAGCAGCGUGUUGGUAUGGCAAUGGGCCGCGGUAUGCCGAUGGGCCAGCCGCCUAUGUACGGAGUUGCCCCGAUGUUCUACGGACAGCCAGGUCAGAUGCCGCCCCAGGCUCGUCAGGGCUUUAUGUACCCGCAGCAGAUGAUGCCGCGUGGUGUUCAGCGCGGCCCGAUCCCGUACGGCGCCCGUAUGCCUGGUGCUCCGGCUCCGGGUGGCUACCCGAUGCCUGGCUAUGGCAUGCCGAUGCAGCAGCAACGUGGCCAGCCACGUCGCGGCCGCCAAGGCCCCGGUCCACAGGGACCCCAAGGAGCUCCUGCUAAUCGCCGCAACUUCAAGUACACGGCUAACGCUCGCAACCACCCAGCUCGUGACGUGCCACCUCAGGGCGUGAUGCCGCCUCCCGCUCCCGUGCAGAAUGCUGGCCCGGAACCGCUUACAUCGGCUGCUCUGGCCGCUGCUUCGCCGGAGAUUCAAAAGAACAUGAUCGGUGAGCGUUUGUACCCGCUCAUUCACCGUCAGCAGCCUGAGCUGGCUGGCAAGAUCACGGGUAUGCUGCUGGAGAUGGACAACGGCGAGCUGCUGCACCUUUUGGAGAGCCCAGAGGCCCUGGAGGCUAAGAUCCUGGAGGCUCUGGCUGUGCUGGAAGCCCACCAAAGUUAA